ACUAGUUUUUCGUGUGUUUUUCGUUGUAAACUAGACAUUAAUUUACAAACUAGUCGAAUUGCGUUUUACUAGAGUGUCAGGCAUCGAGUUAAGUGUAGAGUUCGUGUGUGCCGUUUGCGAAUUUGCGUAAACGGGUAAAAAUGGCCAACGUAAGGGACAGCGACACAUCACUAUGGCUGCAUAAUAAACUGGGAACAUCAAACGAUUCGUGGAUAAAUGGUUCAAUAUGCUCGCAAUUAAACAAGGAGGUUUUGCGCAACAUCAAAGAAUGUUUCCCCGAUUUGCAAACACAAGUAAAACUAAAAUUGCUCCUCAGUUUUCUGCAUAUUCCGCGCCGUCUGGUGGAAGAGUGGAAAAGCGAGCUGGAGGAGGUAAUCGAAGUGGCCGGCCUAGAUUCGGAAUUGUGGGUUUCUAUGUUGGCAGAGACCAUGAAAACAUUUCCAGCGACCAGUUCGCUAAACACAGAAAUUUCAGACUACGAAGACACACGGCCUAUAUUUACAGAGAUGGUCAAUGAUCUGCGUAAAUUGGUCAACAAGCAUUCCGAUCUGGGCAUGCUGCCGCUCGAGUGUCAAUAUUUAAACAAAAAUGCGCUGAUCUCAGUGGUGGGUCAACAACCGGCUCCCGUUAAACAUUUCACGUUGAAGCGCAAGCCGAAGAGUGCACAGUUGCGCACGGAGCUGCUGCAUAAAUCAGCCGACGCACAGUCCUCGUUAAAGAAGUCUUCGGCACCGACAAUACCAUUGCGCUCACGUGGCAUGCCACGCAAAAUGACCGACACAACCCCACUAAAAGGAAUACCAUCGCGCAUGCCCACCACUGGAUUUCGCUCUCCCAAUGUGCCUGGCAACCAGCAGCGGCCCAAUGUCAGUCGCACACCUGCCGGUCGCAAAGAUGGCGGUAUUAAGCUGAUCGAAUUCACGGAGCAACCCCUGGGCUAUGCAGCGGCCAAGAAGCGUAAGCGUGAACAACAGUUGGAGGAGCAGCAGAAGAAGCAGGAGCAGAAGCAACAAGCUGCGGCUGCAGCGGCAGCAGCGGCAGCUGCAACCACCACUGAUGAAGCAGCGCCCAUGGAUGUAGUGGCGAUUGCCAGUGGUGGCGAGACUCCCACAACACCCACAUCGGCUAACAAUACCUUUGAAAUUAAAACUGAACCGCAACUCAAUCAAAGCAGUGGUAGUCUGGAUGAGACAACCGAUGACUUCAAGACACCGGAAUUGGCCAACAAAACGCUACAAAGCGAGCCAGCGACUCCGGAGUAUGCGGCCACACUUACCUUCGCACAGGCCACCACGCCCACUACAACGCAGACUAAAACGCAGGGAGGUAAGCUGAAGUCACCAACGACGCCCAAGUCGAAGCUCAACAGCAACAGCUUCAAUCAUACGCCCAAGCGCAUUAAACAGGAGAUUGAGAUCAAGAGCGAGGAAAUCAUUGUGCCCGCCAACAUAAAAGUGGAAAAAUUGGACCCCACACCGACCCAACCGACGCUCAUUUCGACGUUGCCGGCUCAGCCGCAGCAACCGCAACGUGUCAUAAUACAACAACAGCCCGCCCAGCGCACCCCACACAUCCUGAUCCGUGCCUCACCGCAAAAACGUCAGGCCAACAACGCUGUGGCGACCACCACCGUCGGCAAUACGACCAUAAAAAUGGAGAAGUUGGAUAUAAAGCCCAUGCUGCGUACCACAACAACAACAGCAACAACAUCUGCAGCGUCGACAACAACAACCAUACUCACGCCCCAGCAGUUGCGACAGGCGGCCAGUCCGCUGGCCAAUUUGCCCAACAAUAUAUCUGUGAAGAUAACAUCGGCCAAAGCUAAAGCAGCGGCAGCAGUUGCUGCGGCAGGCAGCAGUCAAGCGCAACAGGUCACAACACAACAGCAACAACAACAGCAGUCAAUACUGAUAAACAGCUCGACACCUGUUAUACUAGCCUCCUCCCCUAGUAGUCAGAGUGUGCGUACGAAACCGCUGCCCACUACGGCCACCACAACCAUACCAACGCAAGCGAUAAAAACUAUGCCGUUAAGUCAGCUAAAGACGGCGGCCAACAGUGGACCUGUAAUAAUCUCACAAACCAUUAUUCAACCGGCAAAGCGCUCACAGCAGCAGCAGGCAGCGAGUUCCAGUGCUGCUGCCGCAGCUACCUCUCAGCAAUUGCAGCAGCAACAACAACAGCAACAGCAGUUGGCAACAUCGCAGCCACAGCAGACGCAGACUCAGUAUAUACUGCAACCUGGCCCGCCCACGUUACCAACACUCACAUCCUUCACGCAGACGCGUGCGACGCCGCAGACAACAACGCUCUAUCAAACGGCAGCAGGCAGCAGCAAUGCGCAGACGCCUACAAAGAUACUGCUGAAGACAUCGGGCACAUCUGGUGUCGUAAUGACACCAUUGCGCCAGCAACAACAGCAACAGCAAACCACAGUCGUGUCCAGCAACCCGCCGCCACUGGUGGCCACAUCAGCCGCUGUGGGCUCCCAGCAAACACUAAACAUUCAAAAUGUGCAGUUGCCCAAUAGGCCGGUGACCAUACAACCGGCCUCGCAAGCCGCGCAGCAGCAGCAUCUGCAGGCACAGUUGCAGCAUCACCAUCCGCAACACACCAUUGUGGCGAACACAACGGCCACACAGCAGCCGAAGCUAUCGCAGGUCAUCAUGCAGCCGCAAGGCAUUGCCGGAGCAGGCGGCGCUGCCACUCUAAAUGUGUCGCCGACGGCAAACAAGAACAAGACUAUUAUACUCACACAGAAGGGUCUCAUAUUGCGAAAUAUUAGCGGGGACAUGUACCAGCCGAUACCCAUUAGUAAUGUAGGUGGUCUGCAGAGUCUGGGCGCGGGCACUACGCUCAUGACGACUACGGCGGCUGGACCGCCCAGUCUAGUAAAAACCACGCCCUCGACAAGUGUGCAGCCCAGUGUGCAGACAAUUCAGCUCCAGCAACCGACAACUAAGCAGCUGCUUCCAACACUGAUACCGACAAACCCGCUGGGCGGUCAGCAUGUCAUCGUUCAACAACAGGCGCCAACCAGUGUCAUUGGCAAUUCCAAUCAGCAAACUAUAAUACGGCCAAUGAUGGGAAAUGUUGGUCUAACACUGAUCCAAAGACCUGGACAGCAACCCCAAUUAGUGCAGGUAGCACCAAACAGCACACAGCGGACGAUUAUAACACAGACAUCAGCUCCACAGCAACAGGCGCGUCAACAGCAGAUUUUGGUGCAGCAUAAGCCGGCAGUGCAGCAGCGUUUGGUGACCUCGACGAGCAAUACGGGCACCCAGCAAAUUCAGCUGCAGCAACAGCCGUCGCAGCAGCAGCAGCAACAAGGCAACAAUCCAAGCAUUUCGCGUACGGUUCAAGUUCAAGUCCAGACCCAUCAGCCCGCAGCUCAGCAACAAACGCAGCAGGCACCGCAGCGCAAAGGACUUUCGCUAUCGAACGAGCACGUACAUAAGGCGCAUGAGAUGUUCCGCAAAGCGAAUCGUGUUUCGCGGCCUGACAAGGCAUUGAUUCUUGGCUUCAUGGCGGGCUUGCGCGAGAAUCCACGUCCCAAUAGCGAAAAUGUAUUGGUCAUUAAAUUGGGCGAAACUGAGGAAAAAGUGGCACAGGAGGAUGGCAAUACGGCGCUCUGUCUUGUGGAAUCCCACAUACGUCUGGACUACAACACAGGCGAGUGGAAGACAUUCCAGAACUAUAGACUGUUGGAUCAGAGUGCCGCAUCGUAGUCCUCGAGGAUCAUACGCAUAGUGCGGAGCAGCAACGGCAAAUAGCUGUAGAUUGCAAAACGCUAAGCGCACUCGCAUGGCUGGGGACUCGAAUUCAUGUGCUCUAAGCUGCUCUUUCUGUGCUUCAGCUUUAGCUUUAGCAUCGGUUUUGUCGCUUAUCGUGUUGCGUUUGUCAUUUCGUUGCUGCACUUUAUCGUUUGUACGUUCAACGUUACAAUUGUAAAAGCACCUAGCCAUCAAGCAGAGGCGCCGCUUAUCAGGCUUAUCCCCCAGCAAAAACUAAGAAAAACGGAAAAAAGGGAAAUAUGAAAAAAAAACAACAACAGAAUAAUACGAUUUAAAGUAAUUAACGUAAAUUAGCUGUACAGUUGUUAGAAUAUAGUAAAUGCUAGCCCAUACUUUUUAGAAAACAUACCGCAAACACACACACAUAUACAAAUACACUUGCGCACGCGCCGAAGCAUUCACCUUUGUUUUUGCUGAUUAGCCGCUCGACUGGUGAGCAGAUGACGACAGCGUGGAACUGGCGGCGUGACAUGAGAAAUGACUUGGUCCGCUCGCUGAUCAGGAACGUUCAUUUUAAAUACAAACACACUCACACACACACAGCACACCCUUUCAUAUACAUACACACCCAUCCCAUCCAUAUAUAAACAUAAUAUGUAUUUAGAAUUAUGUAAUUAGCCGCCAAGUUAAAAAUGUAUAAUUUAGUCUAAAGCAUAAACUUUAACGACAAAAAAGAAAAACUGAAAAAAGAACAAAAAGAGCGCUAUUAUUGAAAAAAAAAAAAAAACAUUAAUUGUAAAUCAAGAAUGGCAGCAAAAGUAUCUUGAAACUUGCAACUUGGAAUGUGUAAUAGACUAGAAUAAAACUACAAUAUUUAUGGCUUUAAUGUUUAAAACCAAA